UGGCAUCCCUCAGAGGGGAAAUGUACACCAAUCAUCAGGGCACUGAUGAUCAGUGUGCCCUGAUGAUCAGUGUAGUCCCAGUAAUGCCACCUGUCAUGGCUCAUCAAUGCCACCUGUCAGUGCCCAUCAGUACCACAUCAAUGCCACAUAUCAGUACCAGCAGUGCACAUCAAUGCCACAUAUCAGUGCUCCUAUCAGUGCCAGUCAGUGCCAACUAUCAAUGCUGCCAAUCAGUGCCACCUAUCAGUGCCAGUCAGUGCCACCUAUCAGUACCAGUCAGUGCCACCUAUCAGUGCGCAUCAGUGUUGCCUAUC